AUGAAAAGCUUAUGGGAUGAGCUUGAUGCUUUGAACACCUUUUCUGCAUGUGUUUGUGAAUGUGAAUGUGGUGCUAAGGUGAAGAAUUUUAAGGCACAUCAAGAUGAAAGGUUGCCGUUUUUGAUGGGUUUGAAUGACAUAUUCAUAUGUGUUAGGAGCAAUAUAUUAUUGUCUUCACCAUUACCUUCUAUUGUACAAGCUUAUUCACUUGUAAUACAUGAUGAGAAGCAAAGGGAUAUCCAUGCUACCCCUGUCUAUCCAGGAGAUUCUGGUUCUUUCCUUGCUACAGACAUGCGGGGAAAUGGAAGAAGAUUCAAUGAAAAUAAGGGACAGAAGGGAGUUUGUGAUCCUAGAAAGAAUACUGGAAUAUGUGCUUACUGCAAGAAACCUGAUCUUCUACAACAGGUCAACAUAGGUCAGCAGGGUGCAGAAACCUCUGAUGCUUCUGCAAAUCUGAGUUGUGCUGGUAUAGCCAAGUUUUUCAAUUCCUUUGCCUGUUUCAUUCAAAUUGAUAGUGAAUCAUGGAUAUUAGAUAGUGGAGCAACUGCGCAUAUGAAUUUUAACAUAAAUUUUUUUAUUAACUAUAAAGCCUUGCCUAAACCUAUCAUGGUCAAUCUGCCUAAUUCACAUAGAGUAAAAGUUGCAUAUUCAGGUACUAUUGCAUUGUUACCAAAUCUAGUUUUGCACAAUGGCCUUUCACUGAAGAGCCCUUUGGAGAUUGGUAAGGAGAAAGGAGGCCUCUUCAUUCUCAAGUCAAGACUGGGAGCUCCAGUUUUUAAAAGUUUCCCUAAGUCUAGUACUUUUGUACCAAGGCAGAAUUUAAAUUUUGUUCCAGUUUUUAAUUCUUGUUUUGCUUUUUCCGAUUCCAAUGUAAAAGAGAAGCCGUGGCAUUAUAGGUUAGGCCAUAUGCCUUGGAGUAAUAUGAAGAAAAUUUCUAAUGUUUCUGUUCCUUCAUGUUUUAAUCAUUCUACUCCUUGUCUUAUUUGUCCUAUGGCUAGCCAAUCCAAGCUCCCUUUUCCUUCAAGCUCUAUAUCAACCAAAAAGAUCUUUGACCUAAUCCAUGUGGACACUGUGAAUACCUAA